AUGGCGGCAAAGAAGGUGAGCAGCUGGCGUCUCAUCAUCGUGGCGGCGCUAGUGCUGCUGGGCCUGCUGCUGUUGGCGGGGCUGCGGGAGGCUGACGCCGCCGACCCCCGGUCCACAUCACCUCAAAUUGUUUUCACCGUUGGAUUUCGCGAUCUACGGCCCUGGUUGCUCUCACCGAUUCCUACAGUAACCGCCUCGAAAUAUCUACUCUCCGCGCGUCCGCAGCCUCCCGUCCCCGUCGUCCCGUCAAAAGAAAGAAAGAAAGAAAACCCCGUCUCCCUCAUUCUCUCCGCGACGCUCGCUGCCCCCUUCCAGCGAUGCGCCGCACGCACGCGUAUCCUAUCAGUUCAGAUUGGGAGGCCUUAUGUUCUCUCGAAAUGCAAAGAUUACCCUAAGUUUCAAGCAGUAGCCAUUGCUAUCCAAAGAUCUGGCUUCAAGAUCGUGUUGCUACUAAGGCUUGUACCUUUACUUCCGUUCAACAUGUUGAACUACCUGUUAUCUGUCACUCCUGUUGGUGUUGGAGAGUACAUGCUGGCUUCUUGGUUGGGAAUGAUGCCAAUCACUCUUGCCUUGGUGUACGUUGGAACAACACUGAAAGAUCUAUCAGAUGUGACACAUGGGUGGAGCGAGAUCUCGACUACUCGAUGGAUUUUGAUAAUAUCUGGCUUUGUAUUAUCUGUGGUCUUGAUUAUCUGCGUCACAAAAAUUGCAAAAUCAUCUCUGGAGAAGGCAUUGGCCGAGAAUGGAGAGCUCGAUGUAGGAACAUCGCAGCUUCCUGUGGUAGCCUCUCCCUCGGAUCUGCAUCAACCUCUUGUAAUCAAGAUUGACACAUCAAAUGAAGAUCAUGAGAAGUAA